GACCACUUGACGUGCGGGUGCUGCAUCUGUGUGCGCGGGGCCGUGCGUGUUCCUGCUUUUGAGGGAACUUUAUUCCAGAAUUCCCGCGACGAACAAAGCAAAGGAUUCUCGCGGACGAGGAGCAGAGGAGCCGCGUGCAAGCACUUGAGAUCGGAUGCUUCCUGCCAUCGCCAUGGAGAUGGAGGCCAGUCACAUGCUGGAGGCUGCAUUGGAGCAGAUGGACGAUAUUAUUGCAGGUUCCAAAGCGAUGGAGUUCUCCUGCAGCACGUGUGAUCUGCAGAUCGUUCAGUUAGCCGAGGACCUGAAACUCGCUUUGGAGCUUCAACCCAACCAGGAGCGGGACCACCUGAGAGCUCAGCUGCCCACAGAAACUGCGCAGACUCUCAUGGACUGGCUGCAGAGCGGAGUGGUGAACUUCUGUUCUCCCGCCAACAAUGAAACCUACCAAGACCGACUGCUUCGACUAGAAGGAGACAAGGAGUCUCUGGUCUUGCAGGUGAGCGUCCUGACCGACCAGGUGGAGGCGCAGGGAGAGAAGAUCAGAGACUUGGAAAGUUCUCUAGAGGAGCACCGGCAGAAACUGGCCUCCACUGAGGAGAUGCUGCAACAGGAGCUGAUGAGCAGGACCUCCCUGGAGACUCAGAAGCUGGACCUGAUGGAUGAGGUGUCCUACCUCAAACUGAAGCUGGUCAGCAUGGAGGAGUCGCACACCAACACACACGAGCCGGAUCCCACGGACACAAAGCAGGACAAAGCAGAGUGUGUGGUAAACUUCAUCAGCGAGCUCCAGGAGCAGAUGUGCAGGUUUCAGGCGGAGAUAAGCACUCGCAUCCAGGAGAAAAAAGCCCUUGAGGAGAAGGAGGCCCUGCAGGGGGAGCCCAGAGGACACCCAGCGUGGGGGUGCGGUCCUCAGGUCGGGCUAACCAGUCCAGAACCGGGCCUGUCGGGCUCAAAUGCCUGGAAUCAGUCGGGAGGACAGAGUGUGCACAAUCUGAUGCAGGAAGUGAAGCAGCUGAAGAACAAAGUGGAAGAAUUGGAGGGGCAGAAGAACCAGUAUGAGAGGAAACUCAGAGCCACCAAGCUCUCCAUCUCUUACUCUCUCCAUGUGUGUUACCAGUCGCUCAUGACCCAGCUGGCCAGCCUCAAGCUGACUGUGGAGCACACACAGCUGGAGAAGCAGCACUGGGAGGAGCGCUGGCGCAGCACACAGACAGAAAUGUCUGAGCUCCAGCAGCUCUUAGCCUCCAAAGAUGCUGAGAUCGAGUGCCUGCAGACACAGCUUCUCGCCAGAGAUGGCAGCGCUAACGACAACGCCAAGAGAGAGGAGGUGUAUAUCAAGCAGCUGAUUAACAAAUAUCAGGAAUAUCAGAGGUUGAAGGUGGGGAUGGAGUCAUUGCUGGCCUCCAAUGACGAAAAGGACAGGCGAAUAGAAGAACUGACCGUUCUGCUUGGCCAGUACAGAAAGAUGAGGGAGGUUAUGGCUCUCACUCAGGGAAGCAGCGAGGAGGAGCUGAGUGGCAGCUUGAAGCUCAAAGCCAUCACUCACAAAGCAUACUCGGACAACCUCAGAUCAGAGAUGUCCUCAAGAGGCUCCUCCCCCCUCCUGCUGUCCUCCUCCCCCUUUCAGAGAGACCAUGAGUCAAGUUUCCAGAACUCCUUGGACACAUCGCUGAUGUCGGCAGGUGAAAUAAGUUUCCUGAACGGAUCUUGGCACCGGCGCAGACUCCUCUCUAGCAGUCUCGAGGAGUUGCAGAGUGGAUCUUUGCAAAAGGCUGUAGAGAUCCAGCCAGUUGAGUGUGAAUCAAAGAGCCCGCUGACAGAGCUAAACAAGUACCAGACUCUUCCAGGGAAACUGGGGAAAAAGAGCGAAGUGAGAGCUGAGCUGAACUACGACAGAAACACAGAUGCUGAGUACUCAUCUCCUGUCAAGCUCUCUCCUGACCAUGACAAGAACUUCACUCUCAUUCGCUGCAGGAGUGCCAGCGCUCCAGUUCUAGGAUCUCCAGGAAAACAUGACCUUUAUGACACUGAGCCCUCAGAUAAGCUGGACAUGCUGUCUGACCACUCCCCCCUGUCCUCCGGGAUGGACUCGGGCCAGCAGUCUCCGGUCUCGCCGGAGAACCGGAAGACCCACAGAGGCAUCAGGAAGCUCUGGGGGAAGAUUCGCCGUAGUCAGUCUGGCAGUCCUGUGCAGAUCCAUGACCAAGAGGGGGGAGAUUUUAAGAGGGGGGGCUUCAGAGCUACAGCCGGACCAAGACUUGCCCACUCAGGAAAAACCAGAGAUCUAAAAUUGCCCUUUUCCAAGUGGAGCGUGGAUCAGGUGUGUGACUGGCUGGAGGACAUUGGGUUGGGUCAGUAUGGCCUCUUUGCUCGGCGGUGGGUCAGCGGCGGGCAGACGCUGCUCUCGGCCAGCCCCCAGGACCUGGAGAAGGAGCUGUCGUUGAAACACCCCCUCCACAGGAAGAAGCUCCAGCUGGCCAUCAGGACGCUCACAGGAAAGCAGCCCGAGAGGUCGGCGGAGCUCGACUACAUCUGGGUCACACGCUGGCUGGACGACAUCGGCCUUCCUCAGUACAAAGACCAGUUUAGUGAGGGACGGGUGGAUGGACAGAUGCUGCAGUUUCUCACUGUGAAUGACUUGUUGUUCCUUAAAGUGACGAGCCAGCUGCACCACCUCAGCAUCAAGUGCGCCAUUCAUGUCCUCCACGUCAACAAGUUCAACCCCAACUGCCUCAAGCGUAGGCCUGGCAAUGAGAGCCAGUUUACUCCCAGCGAGGUAGUCCAGUGGUCCAACCACAGAGUCAUGGAGUGGCUAAGAUCUGUGGACCUGGCAGAGUAUGCUCCUAACCUGAGGGGCAGCGGCGUGCAUGGGGGGCUGAUUAUGCUGGAGCCUCGCUUUAACGCAGACACUCUGGCCAUGCUGCUGAACAUUUCCCCUCAGAAAACGCUGCUGAGGCGCCACCUUACCACCAACUUCAACAACCUGCUGGGCGAGCAGGCUCAGCAGGAGAAGAGGGAGUACACCGAAGCGCCUGGGUACUCUCCUCUGAACAUCACAGCCAAAGUCAAGCCGAAAAAGCUGGGCUUUUCCAACCUGACGCACCUGAGGAGGCGGCGGUCGGACGAGUCCAGAGAUUACGUCUGUCCCAUGGAGUCGCCCACAUCUCAGUCAGGACAGUCUGCGGCCAACGGUGUUCAGGUGCGGCCAUACGCCGGCUUCAGGGGCCUGAGUCCCAUCCUGGACCGGGAGCCCGCCAGGGACCAGAUGGUCAAUGCAGAGCGCACCAUACUGCAAAUAGAAGCUUUGUCUGAAAGCAUCAACAACCUUACAAUGGUCAAUGCAGAGCGCACCAUACUGCAAAUAGAAGCUUUGUCUGAAAGCAUCAACAACCUUACAGUAAGAAGCAACAACACAUACACUUGUGCACAUUACAGAGGAAGGACUUUUUGCGUGUUUGAGUUGGAAUGCAUUACAUGAUGGGGAUUACAAUCUGUUUAUACAGUCAAGGGAUGGGGACCAAAAUACGGAAGUCCAUGUAAAGGACCUACAGUAUAUCAUGCUUUUCUUAAGCCUUUCAGAGUAAACUAUAUCCAUGUUUAUGUGCCACAUUAAAUAACCAGUUUUUUUAAGGAAAUCUGAGUUUUUUUCAUUUUCCUACCCCGAAGUAAGACAACUCGAUCUCUGAGGCCCCGCCUUUCACUCCGUGUGGGUGCCGCCCAUUUCCUGACAUCAACGUAGAGUUGGCCUCGGCAGCGUGUCUGCGUCUCACCCACGAAAACAAAACAUCCAAACUUUUGUAAAGACUGAUGUGCAUAUUGUGAAAGUAAAAGGAAAGUGUUUUAGCAGAUCACCGCAAGCUCCAUGGAGGAAUACUCAGAAAUACAUAAACCCAUCAAAUUAUCACUUUGGGGUUGUUUAUAGUGAGGAAUGAACGUUAUAUUACACUUAAAAGCUAAAAGAAAAAAGAUUUUUCAUGAUGUAGGCCGUUAAAAAUAGUUUAUAUAGCAGUUUUAAAGGUCCCUGUGCAAAUUUCGGUAUUGGCACAAAAUGUAUGUUUUUUUCAUCUCGUUGAAUUUGGGAGUUUUGAUCACUGGGGCUUCUACUGAGCGUGUGUGUGUGUGUGCGUGUGUGUGUGGGUGUGUGGGUGUGUGUGUGUGUGUGUGCGUGCGUGUGUAUGCCAGGAUGAUGAGGAAAAACUUUAAAUUCAAUUGACCUUAAGCUUUUCUAUAAAGAAUCAAAGUAUCGUUUAUUAAACAGACACAAUGCAAAUACUCUAAUUUGACACUAACAUCAUGUAUCUCUACAAUCCUACCAAGUAUUUGGUUCUACAUUCAUGUCAAAUGAACCUUUUAGUUGGUAAUCCUCCCCUGAAAUAGGACUGUUUUAUGUAAAAAUACAUUUUUUGGGUAACAUUAAAGGUCAAGGUGUGGAAGCCGCAAACGGACUGCCUUCCCCCUCCAUUUUCUUGUGAUAACUUUGUUUUCUCAUGAUAUUGCCAUAUACCCACCCCCGAUUUUCUCAUGGUAAGGUCGUUAUCCUGAUAAAACAAGUUUUAUUCUCACGAUAGCGAGACCAUGAGACAGUAUGUCUCUGCGCAGCUGUAACUGUAACCUUCUCCUCAAAUGACUGAUUUAAAUGUUGUGUAUGAUCGACAACAUCACCACAAUCAGACCAUGGCUAAAGUAAUCAAUGAUAAACUGAACAGUUCUUCUGGUGUUGGACCUUUUCUCUUCCAGCCUUGUUUUGUAGAAAAAUUUAAAAAAAAGUUUAAUUUGGGUCAACACAUAAUGACAUUUGUCCUCCAAUGAUGAUGACAUCCACUAUCACAUUAUCAGGAGAAAUGUGAUAAUAAUAAUAUUAAUAAUGUGAUAGUAAAUGGGCAAAAACGCAAAAGCAAGGUAAGCCGUUGUCAGCUGCUGUAUGAAGGGCAUAAAAACAGUACUGCUCCGUGUAGGAGUGAUUCAUGUCAAUAAGAAGUUUGAUUCUGGCGUCUCACUGUACACACAAACUCUGAAAGAGGUCUGAAUUAAGAUUCCUCUGAAAAUAAGGAGUCAUUCUAUCUCAGGAGAUUGUUUUCCAAAGUGUUCAUUUGUCCAGAAUUUGGACAAACAUACUUGGUGGAAUUGUCGCGCUGUAAUCCCAGUUUCCCACUCCCAUAAUGCUUUGCCUCCAGUACCUGCUGAGCCGGGACGAGCUGCGUAAGGAGCUGAGGCGGUCUCGGACGGCGCUGGUUUGAUGGAGCCGUGAAUGGUCUCAGAGACCUGCCGCUGAUCCGGUCUAACCCUGCAGCGUGGAGAAACUGCCACAGGAGCCUCACUGCCGCACGCCUGCAUUCACUUCAACUUACCAGCCUCUCUCUAAAGACUAAACCACCAUUCCUGCUUUCCUAAUCAAUCCACUCUUAACUACGUAUACUGAUCAGUGUGUGUCUGAAAUAAGAAGUCCCUCUACUUUAGCUCUUCCAUUGCUCAGGAUUGUGUUGAUUUUUUCAUCAUGGGCAGAUGCACAAACAGAGCAGACAUGACAGAGGUGUUGGUCUCCAUGUUUUCCUUUGAAUAAUUCUUGGUAUGACCAUUUUUCUAACUCCACUUGCAGAUUUUUUUUGCUCAUUUAAAGAAUAUUUAUGUUUUAUGAAAUUUUGACUUGCACUGUGGAUCAGAACGAGUUGCUUUGUUUUCCGUUUAUUCUUUAGCGGCUCUGCAGAAUUUCUGAGCCUUUUAAGUUCAAGAACACAAUAAAGAUGCUUUCAUUGAACUGGAUUUGAUUAAGGAGUAAGAAGCUCAAACUCCUCUAAUGUUCAAAUGUCAGACGAGUGUUGUGAUGAGGAUGAAAGUGAAACUCGUUGUUUGACAACCUUAUUUAUGAAAUUAAAAAUUCUGCAUGCAUCCAAUAUUACAAGAAAGCCCAUCUGUGGAAACUUAGUGGACUAUAAAAGCAGCGUCUCUGUCACAGUCAAAGUGCUCCACAGCCUGACAAAAAGUUUUUAAAAAGUUCCUGUUAAAGCAACAAAUCACUGAAAUAAAAAGAAUGAAGAAAUACAGUAAAUACAGCAGUGGAAAACCUGAAUAGAAAAACAUUGCUGUGAUUCAUUUGGGAUUCUUACUGAUGAAGAAAACUGGACAUUGUUUGUAUAUUAAUUUUCUUUAUGUAGAGAGCUGUGUAGCUCCGGCCCUGCCUCUGCAAAAUCCUGACAAACUUGCAUUACUGUUUCAUUUUGAUCGAGCAUUUUUCAUCACAGACACGGAUUUGUGACUUGAAAAUGUUUUUAAAAAGCUGUAAUAAGUGAAAUUAUUUUUUUGUGUUCAGCUCCACAGGCUCCUGUGAAGAAAAUGUUUUAUGAAAAUGAAAGGGUGACCAAUUUUUCUGAACCACAACAACCUUUACUUUUCUAAAUAUAAACAAGAACUGUAUGCGUGUGUUUAGGGUUAUUCAAACUCUGUGCAACUUCAGACAAUAAAGGAAUGUGAAGAUGUGAGAUUCUAGCUUUAAAAGGCUCAUUGUUGUUCAUUAAAAAAAAAAAAUCAGUAAAUAUGUCGACAAAAUACUAUCAGACAUGAAAAAAAAAGACACAACCUUCAUGAUUAAACUGCAAAUACAAGUAACUUUUGUUUUUUAGAACAAAAAAGCAACUGGAUGCUAAAGGAGGCACAUUCCUGCUGAGGUUUAGAGAGGUGCAUUAUGGGUAAUCAUCACAUCAAAAAUGUAAUUUGAUGUAUUUAGCCUGAGACCUUCAUGGCCACAGCUCUGGUUGGUUGGAUGUUUUUCCUUCAGAUGACUGUCAAAGGAGACAAAGCUGGGGCCCUCGUGCCCUGGGUUUCUGUCACAUGCGUGCCCCACUUGUGAUGGAAUGUAACUCAGGUUUUUGUUAUUUAGGCACAUGUAUCAGGUUUGUCUUACUUUAUAAUUCCACAUUAUUAAUAAUAAUAAUAAUAAUAAAGCAGAUUUCUCAGCUUUGCA